AUGUCUCUUUUCGGCCGCAUCAACACGUCCACCCCGGCCACACCAUCACUUUUUGGGACCGCCAACUCACAACCACAGCAAACCCCCUCACUAUUCACCUCCACCUCCACUCCAGGAGGCGGACUUUUCGGCGGCGCGUCAACCUCAAACCCACCUGCCACCUCAUCCGCCCCCGCCAGCGGCGGAUUCUUUGGAGCAGCACAACAGGCCCCGGCCUCAUCUGCAGGCGGUCUCUUCUCUCCCGCGCCAGCAACAGCGCCAGCUACAGGUGGCGGCCUAUUUGGUGGGGGGGCAACUACUUCUGCGCCUGCGAGCGGCGGAUUAUUUGGAGGCACCGCGCCUGCUACUACUAGCGCUCCGGCUGCAGGUGGAGGGCUGUUUGGUGGUGCUGCUCCGGCAGCAACCACGGGCGGUGGGUUAUUUGGGACACCGGCGCAAAAACCGGCUGGGUCGCUUUUCUCACCUGCUCCGGCUACUGGCGGAAAUACUCUUAACACGGGAAGUGUUUUCGGGCUGGGAUCGAGUACGGCGCCGAAGCCGAACUUGUUUGGAGGAGUGCCUACCGCACCUCAGCAGCAGCAGCAACAACAACAGGGGCAGCCAGGACAGCAGCAGCAAAACACGGUCCCAGCGGCAACAGUUGAUAUCACCAGACUCACACCCACAACACGAUUUGGCGAUUGCCAUGAGAGUGUCCAGCAGGAGCUUGAACAGCUAGAGAAACACAUCCAAGACCAGAUACGCGCGGCUCAAGCGCUCAGCGCUCUCUUCCCAAGUCAUCGCGCAACCGUCGACACUAUCCCCUCCGAUACCAAAGUCCUCGCACAUAAGCUCGCCACUACCAAGUCUUUCCUCUCCGCCGACCAAUCUGCCCUUCAGGCUGCUCAACAACACCAUGUUGCGGACAACGAGGCCGCAACACUCUCGAUCCGUUGCCUUGACCUCUUCCGCCUCCCGCCACAGCAGCGAACUCAGUACUUCCAGCGCUCUGAGCAGGAGAACGAGGUCACCAGUAACGGCCCCAUGAUCGCGUACUUCAACAAUCAUGCUGGAGCCAUGGAAAAGAAGUUCCACAUCUUUUUGGAGAGUGUUGGGGAGGUCGAGGCGAGCCUGCGAAGUGUAGAGCAACAAGCAGCCAUCGGCGCUAAUGGUGCGGGCAUCAAUGGGGAGGAUCUGACCGCCGUGACCGGAGGCGUCGGGGGAAGACAGGAUGCCCGAAGGCUGAACAGGACGCUCAGGGAGUUCAACGACGCGUUGAAGGAUGUGAGUGCCAGGAUUGUGGAUGUGAAGGAUGGGUUGAGGGAGUUGAAGGCUGGGAGGAGGUAG